GUAACACGUUUUAAACAUGGCAACACCGAAGCGCGGGUGAAUACGAACCGUGACCUCGUUUCCUACCCCGUCGCCCCUAAGUCGGCAUGAGGGCGCAGCCUUAGCGAUACGUUAUCGUAUCGACCCAUCAUCCGCCAUUAACACGCAUGCGCAAAAAUAUGCGGAAUAACUGACGUUUCAGCCAGCCAGUACCGCGGCGAAAAUCCACACGACCCUGUAAAUAAAACUGUAAAUAUUCCUAAAUUAAAUAGUGACUGUGAUUCGAAUGUUUUAAAAAUCGACGCUGUUUUUCGUGAUUUCUGAACGCGGCGGGAGCUAGUUGUAAGCCACAAUGAUAGACCCCAGCUCGUCAGAAGAGGACAGCGAUGACGAACACAAGAAACAGCCAACCAACAAAUUACAACCUGUGGCUCCACCUGGAUCGUUGGCAAGCGGGCGGCCCUCGGUCCGCGGCAAGCCGGAGCUGCCCCGCGGCUCAACAGUCGGUUUACCGGGUGCGAGUCCCCUAACGACGGCCCCGCUCGCCGCCCCCCUCCACCCCGCCACCCGGCAGCGGGAGCAAGCUGCUCUAGCACCACCACCACACGCAUCGUUCUUGCGCAGGACGUCGACUGGGAGUGCGAGCUCCGGGGAGGCGCCGGCACCAUCGCCUAGUCCUUCUGGGGCCAGCCAUUCUGACAAGGACCAAGACCCUCAGGAGAAGAUCGAAAAGCUAGAGGAGGACAAAAAGCGGCGUCUACAGCUGUACGUGUUUGUGUCACGGUGCAUCGCGCACCCCUUCAACGCCAAACAGCCCACGGACAUGACGCGGCGGCAUACCAAGCUCACACCGCAUCAGCUGGAAACCAUUCAGGCGCGGUUUCAGGCAUUCCUGAAAGGCGAAACCCAAAUUCUCGCCGACGAGGCCUUCCAGAACGCGGUCCAGUCGUACCACGACGUGUUCCUCAAGUCCGAGAGGGUCGAGCAGAUGGUUAGAUCCGGCGCCUGCAGCCAUCACGACUUCCGCGAAGUCUUCCGGAAUAAUAUCGAGAAAAGAGUCAGGUCUUUGCCAGAAAUUGACGGAUUAAGUAAAGAAACAGUCUUAACGUCGUGGCUAGCUAAAUUCGACUGUAUCAUGAAAGGAACAGGAAUAACAGGUGUGCUGGGCGACGAUGAGUCCAAGCGGCCGUCGCGGGCUCAACAGCAGAGUCUCAACGCGGAGUGCAUCCUGAGCAAAGAGCAGCUCUACGACAUGUUCCAGCAAAUCCUCGGGGUCAAGAAGUUUGAGCACCAGCUUCUGUUCAACGCGCUGCUUCUGGAUUCGGCAGAUGAACAAGCAGCCGCUAUCCGGAGAGAGCUGGAUGGAAGAAUGCAGAAAGUCAACGAAAUGGAGAGAAACCGCAAGCUAAUGCCGAAGUUCGUCCUCAAAGAAAUGGAGUCCCUCUACAUCGAAGAGCUCAAGUCCUCGAUCAACCUCCUCAUGGCCAACUUGGAGUCCCUGCCCGUGUCCAAGGGCGGGGCGGAUUCCAAAUACGGCCUGCAUAAAAUCAAGCGGUAUAAUCACAGAUCAAACGCCGGGCCUGACCCGAGUCCAAGGUUGAGUAAGCAGCUGUGUUUCAGAUCGCAAGGGUCUCUGGCCAACAAGUUGACAGGCGAGGGCGACGGCGGAGAUGUUGACACUCAGCUGACCAAAAUGGAUGUCGUUCUGACUUUCCAAAUAGAGGUAGUAGUGAUGGAGGUAAAGGGUCUAAAGUCAUUAGCGCCGAACCGGAUAGUGUAUUGUACUAUGGAAGUUGAAGGGGGCGAUAAGCUGCAGACCGACCAGGCCGAGGCGUCCAAACCGAUGUGGGACACUCAAGGUGACUUUAGUACCACACAGCCCCUCCCAGCUGUAAAAGUCAAGUUAUACACGGAGAAUCCGGGGGUACUAGCCCUCGAAGACAAGGAACUGGGGAAAGUGGUUCUUAGGCCUACGCCACUUUCUAGCAAGGCCCCAGAAUGGCAUCGCAUGACGGUACCAAAGAACCUUCCUGAUCAAGACCUGAGAAUCAAAAUAGCGUGUCGGAUGGAUAAGCCACUGAACAUGAAACACUGCGGGUACCUCCACGUGAUUGGCAAGAAUGUCUGGAGGAAAUGGAAGCGACGCUACAUGGUGCUGGUUCAAGUGAGCCAAUACACGUUCGCGCUGUGCUCCUACAAGGACAAGAAGUCAGAGCCGGCGGAGAUGAUGCAGCUGGACGGCUUCACAGUCGACUAUAUAGAGCUGGCUAGCGCGCAACUAAUGGUUGGGCAAGAACUGGAAGGCGCCAAGAACUUCAUGAACGCUGUCCGCGACGGCGAGUCCGUGCUGAUGGGAGUGGGUGACGAGAACGAGUGCCAUUUGUGGGUCAUGGCUUUAUACAGGGCCACUGGCCAGAGUCAUAAGCCCACUCCACCUACUACGUCGGAUACGCAUCAUAAGAUCAUGGGAGAUGCAGACAAGGCGCGUAAGCAUGGAAUGGAGGACUACAUCCAGGCAGACCCAUGCCAGUACGACCACCACCAGCUGUUCUGUACGCUGCAGUCGCUCACGUUGAAGUACCGGCUUCAGGACCCUUACUGCUCAUUGGGUUGGUUCUCUCCCGGCCAAGUUUUCGUGCUCGACGAAUACUGCGCGCGCUACGGCGUCCGCGGCUGUUUCCGCCACCUCUGCUACCUCUCCGACCUCCUCGAUGUCGCCGAGAGCGCCUCCCAGACCGUCGACCCCACGCUCAUGCAUUACUCCUUCGCAUUCUGUGCAAGUCACGUCCAUGGCAACAGUACGGCCACGUUGCCUGGCAGGCCCGAUGGCGUGGGCAGCAUCACCGUCCAGGAGAAGGAGAAGUUCGCGGAGAUCAAGGAGCGGCUGAAGGCGCUGUUGCAGCACCAGAUCACUAACUUCCGAUAUGCGUUCCCAUUCGGAAGACCGGAGGGGGCGCUGAAGGCUACACUAUCUCUGCUAGAAAGGGUUCUGAUGAAAGACGUAGUGACUCCCGUGGCACCCGAAGAAGUCCGGGCCAUGAUCCAAACCAGCUUGGAGAACGCAGCGCUACUGAACUAUACACAACUCAGUCAAAAGGCCAACAUUGAAGAGGACUUAAGAGGAGAAACAAUGGUGACACCAGCGAAGAAAUUAGAGGACCUGAUACAUUUAGCAGAGCUGUGCGUUGAUCUCCUGCAGCAAAACGAAGAACACUACGCGGAGGUGUAUAACACAAAACCGGACUCUAGCGGUCAACCAAAUGCGUUUGCGUGGUUCUCGGAGCUGUUGGUGGAGCAUGCCGAAAUAUUUUGGGCCCUGUUCGGUGUUGACAUGGAUCGGGUUUUAGCGGAACAACCUCCUGAUACGUGGGAUUCCUUCCCGUUGUUCCAGAUUUUGAACGAUUAUUUGAGAACUGACGAAAACUUGAAAGGUGGUCGUUUCCACGAGCACCUACGAGAUACGUUCGCUCCACUCGUGGUACGGUAUGUGGAUCUCAUGGAGUCCUCCAUCGCGCAGAGCCUGCACAAGGGCUUUGAGAAAGAGCGGUGGGAGAUUAAGGGCAACGGCUGUUCAACAAGCGAAGAGUUGUUUUGGAAGCUGGAUGCGCUGCAAUGCUUCAUCCGGGACCUGCACUGGCCGGAGCCAGAAUUCCGGUCGCACCUGGAGCAGAGGCUCAAGCUGAUGGCUAGCGAUAUGAUGGAGACCUGCAUCCAACGGACUGAGUCAUCUUUCCAGUCGUGGCUGAAGAAGAGCAUAACGUUCAUGUCAACGGACUACAUCCUGCCGGCGGAGACGUGCGCCAUGGUGAAUGUGGCGCUCGACGCCAAGAACCAGGCGCUCAAGCUGUGUGCUGUGGAAGGCGUGGACAUUUACCAAUACCACGCGAAGAUGGACGCCCAGAUCGACUCGUGCCUCCAAGCGAUGGCGACUGGCAUGACGACGCGACUGUCAGCCGUGCUAGAAGCCACGCUAGCUAAGAUCGCUCGCUUCGAUGAGGGGAGUUUGAUCGGCUCUAUUCUGACGAUAGCCAACGUGUCUGGGUCGGGCAAGGACAUCGGGCAGGGCUACGUCAACUUUAUGAGGAAUUCUAUGGACCAAAUCAGAUCGAAGGUGACGGAUGAGUUGUGGAUUUUACAACUCUUCGAGCAGUGGUACGGCAUCCAAGUGGGGCUGGUCAACACGUGGCUAACAGAGCGGCCCGCGUUACAUCCACAGCAGGUGGCAUGCCUUUCUAUCAUUCUAAAGAAAAUGUACAGUGAUUUCGAGCUGCAGGGUGUGAUAGAUGACAAGCUGAACUCCAAGAUCUACCAGAACGUAGCAUCUCGCAUGCACACUGAGGAAGCUACCUGCAGCUUACUACUGGCUCAACAGGACACUGGUGGCGGAGACGAGGGUUCAGAAGAAGGGUCGAGGAGCGGCAAGUCCAAGCUGGAGGCGCUCACGGAAGAAGCCAAGCUGGGCAACGUGACUGCUGUCGUUGGGAAGGUUGGCAACAUCUUCGGGCGAGGCAUAGGCGAGCUGUCAUCGAAGAUAGGCGGCGCCUCGUCCUGGUUCUAGCGCCCCACACGCGUCUUAUUAUUUGCCUACAUCUGUGUAGAGAGAUGAGAAUCCAUGCCUUUUAGUACUGCGAAGGUCCCUAGACCCUACCACGGACAUCAAAAAUUCCGACCGAAAUUUCGUUACCUGCCUCUUUAUCGCUCGAUGUAAGAGCGUUGGCGAAGCAGAAAACGAAUCGAUUUUCAAUGUUCGCGAUAGGCCCGCAGACACGUCAUAAGCUGACCACCGACAGAUUGUUCCAAUUGGUUGUGUUCAACCAGCUGGAAUACUUAAUUGAAUUGCGAUCUGUAAUCUCUAAGCCAACAGAUCGGAACAGAACAUUUUACGUCUGUUGGUGCCUUUACUGCUGAUCAGUUCGAUGUUUUAAGUGGCAACACAGAAUUUGCCAUUCAUCAUGAUUAUACUAACAUAUGAGGGUAGGAAACAGCAAAGUACGACUUGCCGUAGCUUGUCAACUUAAAUGCUGGCAGCAAUUAAUGGGGCAACAUGAGUUGUCAAUUUGAAAAUAUAUCGAACUUGUCACAGUAAAAUUUUUAGAAAUGCUUGAUUUGUCAAUUUUGCCUUUUGCACCUAUGAGAAUAGUCACCUUCGUACAGAAUUAUAAAAGUUCUGAAAACAAUUUGCCCAUUCAGAAUUUGCUAAAGCGCCAAAAUGCAAAAUAAAUCAGAUCAAGUAUUUUCUCCCCUACAGUAGUAAAAAAACUUAGAACUAUUCUGUGAUGAUGAAAUAAUUUCAUUAUGCUUUCGAUUUCUGAAUUAGAGUUUCCGCCAUUUUUAAAAUAAAUAAAUGGCAUCUUACGCGCUAGGUAAUAUUUAAGUGGCCAGUCGCAUAUAGCUUAGUGUGAUUUAGAAGGUAUAGUAAUUAUUUUAUAAAAAAAGCUUUAUUAUGUACAGUUAGGGUCACCAUUUAUUCGAUACCAUUAUACUAGGUGUGUAUAUUAAGAGUAGUAUUUGAUAACACGAAUGAUAACAAUAAUGAAAUACGAAUGCAUAAAUAGGUAAACACAUGCUACAAUAAGAAAACAUAUCGCUUUGGCAAGAGUAUAUUUUACGUGAUGUAAUUUUUAAAUUACAAUUAUUACGGUGGCGUUAUUUACAAAAAAUAUAACGUAAAAGUAAAUUGUAAUGAGAUUGAAAAUGAGGAAUACGAGUGCACGGGGAAUGCUUAUUUUGUUGAUAUCACAGUAAAUUGAUUUCAUAUCCCUACUAAUUACAGCUAGUAGAUACGCCAUCGCCACUUAAAAAUAAUUUUCCUAAUACUAGCUAUCACCAUAACGGUCGUAAGGUAGAUGGAUUAAUUAAUAAUAAUUACAACAACUUUUCUUGGGGAAGUGGCAUAUCUACUUCUGUAUUAUGUUAUCUGUGUUGCUAUGCUCCCAAAUAACAUCCAAUGCACUAUCUCAGACAGUGUAGUUUCCAAUGCAACUCUUUCUAUACCUACUUCAAGAAAACAUAUUUUUCUAAUAGAUUUCGUAAUUCACCUUUAACAUCAUUUGUUUAAUCUAGUUCUAAUCUAAUGUUUACCUCAAAACUUUUGGAAUGCAUUCUUAUAAAAAUAUAAAGGCGCGAGAAUUGUAUUUUUGCUAAACCUACAUAAUGUUGCCAGUUAUUAAAUUUUUACCCCAUUUCGGGGUAAAAGAUGUUUUUAUAAAAAUGCAUGAUUAAAUUGAAAGUUAGUCACUGUUUGCUAUAGUACUAUUUCUCUAUAGUUUAAUGCUCUAAUAUAUUAAAAUAUCUAGUGACUACACUUUACCUUGACUUAGUCAUCGAUAUAACUAUUUAUAAAUGAAUAUGUAUAACAUUAUAGUUAUUUGUUGACAAAUAAUAUUCUUCUACGCUAAACACCUUACAAAUUUUUAAACUAGGUGAAAAAUUUAAAGUUCUUAGAUAAACUUAACGUAAAUGACAGCGAUAAGUCGCUAUGCUGAGCCUUAUUACUAAAGGGCGACUGACGGAUGCUAUUUUCAUGUCAUUAACAUCAAUUGGCAUUAAAACAUGCUUAAAGUAGAAAUUGUCACUUUUCUGGCAUAAAUAGUGAUUGCUACAAGAAGAAUGAAAUCGAACACAAUGGCAAUAUAGUUACGGUGACAAUAUAGUUAUUAUAUUACACCUACUGACCGUUAAAUGAUAUUGCAAACACUCGAGAUUGUAUAUAGGUAGCGGUUGGAUAAUAAAAUACUAGUUUUGGAAUGCAUUUCAGUAUGUCAAGCUUCUUUAUAAGAAAUCAAAUUACUAUCCAUCAUAUAGACACCAAGAAAUGGCAUCUGACGGCCGCCCAUUGCUUAUUACUCGUGCUGUUGAGGUAGGCUUGAGAAAAGCGAUAAGACACUGGGGUCGUGUUAAAUGAUUUUCAUUAUUUCACUUUUCACUAUGACUAAAUCAUUACAUUUAUAUCUUGGCAUCUUAACACGCAAUAUCCUUAAUCGGGUGAUUACAAACUUAUAUUUGCUACUAGAAAUGUCGGUAUGGUAUGAGAAAUGAUUGAAAUCUGUAGGUACAUGAUUAUAGGAAUUCUGGAUUUAGGCAGCAUGCCUGUAAGUUUGUACACUAAUGACAGCAUGAACUUGGUGAUGGUUUUCCCCCCUUCUUGGAUUACACUAAUAAUUACAGUUUAAUAGAGUACUGGUAUUUCUUUAUCUGUCAUUAUAACUAUGUAAAAUUUCUCUAAAAUUAUAAAAUGCGUAGACAUCGAAAAAUAUGCUUAAUAAUUGUAUGAAAACAUUUCUUACAAUCAGUUUUUUUUUUUUACUAGUUGCCAAGAUCACAGCAAAAUUAAAACGAAAAUCAAUCUGAACAGAUUUGACCAACGCAAUAGUUCAACCUUAAAAUCAUAGUAAUUAUGACGACCAUUUAAGCUAGAAACUAAAAAUGUUGAAUCCGGAAAAUAUAUUUAGCACUCUGUCGCAAUAAUACCUUCAUUUUAACAGGGGAUUUUAACGAAAAUGUAUCGAUCAGGCUAAAGCGACAAAGUGCUAAGUCAUCUGGAGGUUGCGACACUAUGUAGUACUGUAAUAGCACAGUAAAUAAUCGACAUUAGGUAAUUUAGCGCUCAUUUAUCAAAAAUAUGAAAUAAGAGGAACAUGUAAAGUAUCUAUUCACAUUUAUAUUUUGUUUUGCCUUCGUUUUUCGAAUGAUGACUAUAUUUCAUAGGUAUGUGCAGAACGCAUGAUAUAUUUUUGGGUAUAAUCUUUUAACUAAGUAAAUAAAUUUAACUUAUGAUUUCAAAUUUGUAAGUCGUUUUAAGACACGAAGAUCCAGGGGAAAAUAAUUUAAUCAUGAAAUUAUAUAAUUGUAAUAUAAUUUAAGUAUUAAUAGCCAGUGCAAAAUAAAAACAGCAUGAUUUUAUAAUUCCCGAUUUCAUUUAUGCGUUCUCACAUUAAAUUUCCUUAACUAUCUUUCCUCUAGUUUGGAAUCGAGCUCAAUCAAAAAAUUACAGAUCUGUAAUGUCUAAGUGCAUAUAAAAUUUUAAAACGAGCCGACUGACAACGUUCGUAGAUAAUUGCUUAUAAUGUAUUAUUUCGCCACGAUAUGGUCGAGAUUCAGUAUGGCGUUAUAAUCUAAAACAGUAUACACUUGUGCUAAUAAUGGAUAACUCACGCUAGACCGUGCCGGGUCCGGGCCGGAGCUUCCGUUGCUCACUUUUCUAUGACAAAAAACAAAGCGUUGGAGGCUCCGGCCCGGACCAGGGCCGAUCGAACGUGAGUCAUCCUUAGAGCUUGAAUAAUAAUACUACUGAGUUUGGUAGCAUCAUUAGAUGACUUAAAUCUUUUACAUUAUUGCAAUGCUUUUAGUUCUGAUUGGUUACAGAUGGAGAGUACGGUUAAAUACGCACGAAUUUGAACAAUAGUUUCAUCGCUCAGCUGUAUAUAAAAAAUCUUUGGUUUUUAUAUAAACUUCAUAUUCAAUCCAAUUUAAAUAAUGUUGCCAGAUCGAAGUAGUAUUAGUUAAACACGGAUUAGAACCAUUCAAAGUUGAUUGAUUGAUUGAUUGAUUGAUAAUUUUGUCUACGCCAUACUGAGUCUCUGUAAUGCUUCGAAUGCCACCGAGUGUAUUGCGAUUGUAAGAGGAUACAAUAAAAAAUAUUUACAAUAAAAAUGUUUACUGUUUA